GCGUGGAUGCGCUUCUAUCGAUUGUUCAUGGGGUCGACAAUGUAAGGCAAGCUAUCCGAAGUACGGGAGAUUUUACGUGAAUUGUGAAGAAAUAUCGUUUUUUAACGGAAGUUAGCGUUGAAUCAUUGUAACUUCCUAUCUCCUUAUUCAAUUUUGUGUCUCAAAAUAACUUCUAGUACUCAGUGGGCAUCAUGGCAGAUGCGGAGCAGUUUUCACUGCGUUGGAAUAAUUUUCACAGUAAUUUAUCUGAAGGCUUUCAUUCAUUGUUGGAAGAAGUUGACCUAGUAGAUGUCACUCUGGCAGCAGAAGGGCAAUAUUUGCAAGCGCAUAAACUUGUUUUAUCCGUUUGUAGCCCAUACUUCAAACAACUUUUUAAGGCAAAUCCUUGUAAACAUCCCAUUGUUAUAUUGAAAGAUGUAUGUCAUAAGGAUUUGGAAGCUCUUCUGCAAUUUAUGUACCAAGGUGAAGUUAAUGUACGGCAAGAAGAAUUGGCACCAUUUCUAAAGACUGCUGAAAUGUUGCAGAUAAAGGGACUUACUGGCAACGAUUCCAAAUCUAAUAUGCCAGAAUCUCCAAGUCAAACCCGUGUUCAAACUCCCCCUCCUCCGACUCUCAGAGUUGGACGGGAUUCUGUUAAGCAGGAAUCGCAAAAUGCUGCUGAAACCUCUCGUCCCUUCAAAAGACAGCGCACAGAAUCCCCUCACAUAGGAACAGGAUCACUCACUUCCAGUGCUGCAACCCUCAGUGCCCCAGCAACGACUGCCACUACCUCUCAGCCAUCAGCGAUGAGCCCGACAGAACCUGCAAAUGUGGAAUUUGUGCCUAUAUCUAACCCCAAACUUGAACCUUUGGAAUAUGACAAUGAAGCAGAUGGCAACAAGGAGUCACCAGCAGAUCUUGUGCAGCUACUUCAUAGCAAUGAAUCCAGUCAACCUCCUCCGGAUUUGCCUCCAGCAGCACCACCAGUUUUAUUCAAUCCAGUUGCUGGUCUGCCACAAGAUUCCGGAGGUUCACAGGAUAGUAUGCAAGGAUUGUUGGCCCUAAACAUUCAGAUAGACAGUAUGCUGAUUGGUAGGCACACGUUGGUUCCAACAGAGGUGCGAAGCAGGUCACAACACAGAGUACAGAAGAGAUGUGUAAUAUGCUACGCAAACUAUAGGAAGUACAUGUCCAGUAAUGAGGCAGCGAAGAGAGCGAAAAGGAUUUCCACUUAUUGUUCUGCUUGUCCGUCUAAUCCUUUUAUGUGCUCCGGUUGUUUUAAGGAAGCCCAUAAUUCUACUUAGAUUCAAGCUUAAUUUGUUACCUAAUUUUCAGAAUUGAAAAUUCAUUAUUGAUUUCAGUUAUGAUGCUUCUCGAAAAUAACUAAAUUUUAUGAAGUUCGUUAAGAUAAAAUGUAUACAUGAUUUAACUAUUAGAUGUGAAAACAGAAGAAUUUAGUAACUGUGAUAUAAUGUUCGCCAGAUCAUGUAUACACUUCAGUAUGUUUUGAUAAAAUAUUGAAUUUAUCGUCAGCAUUCAGUUUCGAACUGGUGACAAAGUUUUUAUUGGAAAGACUCAUCAUUACAAUGGUACGUUUGAAAUAUUUUUUUCUUUAUAACAGUCCAGUAAAUGUAAAAUCAUUUAGCUUGUAAAAAUUCAAAAUAGAAAAUCCUCUUAGUUGCCAUAACUACUAAUUUGUCACAAAGGAUGUGAAAAUAAAGAUUAUAUUUAGAGAAAUUGCUCUGUGAUUUGUUUGUUAAGGAAAAUCCUGGUCCUUACAAAUUUACGUUAAUGCAGCACUUGUGAAUUAUCCGAGUUGUCAUUUGGAUUUUAAAGAAUACAAUUUUCAUAUUAUUUCAUUCGAGUGAGCCUUGUAAUUUUGAUUAGUACAGAUGAAAUUUUUAGAACAUUUGCGAAAACUGACAGAAGUCUCUCUUGAAGUUAAAUCAUCUGGUAUAUAUUUAUUUUGUAGGAACAUACUUGCCAAGUAGGUUUUAUCCUUUCUUUUCUCUCCCUGUCCUGAAGUGCAGUUUCACAUAAGUACUUAGCAAAUUGAUAAAAUUUGGAAAAGAGAAUGAUGUCAAAUAACUGAAUUAAUGAUAGUAUGGGAAUUUACUUGUUUGAAGCAAAAUAUACCAGUGGCCUUCAUUCUAGAUUAAAUAUGUCCCCUGUAUUAUUUGUGCAGAAUAUUUUAUAACAAGUAAUUGGAAAAUAUUUACUAACCAUUACGACUUUGUGAUUUCUUGAUACCAUUGCAUCCCUUAUUCUUACAACUCUGCUUACAAUAUUUCUUGUGUUCUGUUUUUAUUUUAUUUUUACCACCUAAGAAAGUUGGAUGUAUGUUUACGUUCUUAUGGAUUUUAAACUAGUCUCUUUCAUCAAAGAAGCUUGGCAGUUGUGAAAAUAUUUUCAGAGAUGUGUUGCUGUUGUUUCUUUAAUUGUCAUUUUUGUAAGCAGAAUAUAAAAAUAAUAUUAGGUAUUUUGCAUUCUGCUUUAAUGUUCUCUGAUUUGAGUCAUUAUCAAGUUCAUCAAUUAUUUUUUUGGUUUUCAAGGUUUUUACCCAAGCUGGGUUUCCUAUUCAUUAUUGAAAUUGACAAAAUACUGUAUGUUUCAAAUCUAAAUCUAUUUAGUCUGGAACGUUGAUAUUUCCUGAACUGUCAAGAUUAAAUUUUGUAGAGAGAGACUUGUGAAGUUGAAGAUGGGCUGUAGUAUUAUUGCCUAUCUUGGUGGUCUUGCUGUGAAGGACUCCUGUCAGUUACUCGGGACGCUUGUUGCAGGGCUGUCCUUGUCUGAGCGUAAGAUCAUGCGGGUCGGUCACCACGAGUUGCAUCUCACAGCUUUGCGUGGCCGCAACAAUUCCAGAUUGCGCAGACGAUGUGUUCCUUGCUAUGACAUGAAUCGUAGAUUUUUGGGGAAUCAUGGAGCGAACUUGAGAACUGCAAAAGUGUCAACGUUUUGUGCAACAUGUCACCAAGCUCCUUUCAUGUGUGUGACUUGUUUCAAAAUUCACGUUACUGGCACUCAUCUAAGUGUACUGCCAUAGAAAACGUAGCUUUUUGUUAGUGUGCUCUCUUGAGGUUAUCAAGGCAAUUGUGCUCUUUUGGGAAAAGAAAAAUACUGGUCAACUUUUAUAGCUCUAUGCAACUUUUAUUGCUAAUUAUUUUUAAGAGACAGUUUAAAGUAUGUCAUUGUGUGUGCAUGUCUGUCUAUAAGUUAUAGAAAACUUUUAUAUAUAACUAAUGUUCUAUCUGUGAAGGAUGAGGGAAAUCAUAAAUAAAUUAUGAAUAUAUUUACUUUUACUUAAUGAAAGAAAAUUAAUUUAAGGACCAAAUAAAUUUUGUGUGACAAUUUUUAUUUUAUACCUAACAUGUAAAUACUGUGAAGUGCAUUGUGAAAAUGCAUUUGAGGGAGGAUAUGGUUGUGCAAUCUUCAUAAUCAGACUGUAAAUUAAAUGUAUAUGUGAAAUUUUAUGUUGAUUUUUUUGAAGUCCUGUCCUCAGUGUUGGAUAUAUGUAACUUGUGAAGUUUUUACUUCUUAAAAUAAGUUGUUUGUUGUUGGUUUUUUUGUUGUUAAUUUUUAUGCAUAUAUACGUCGCAUGUCUUUACAUAACUUUAACUGACAUGAAUGGAAGCAGAAGACUGCAUCAUAUGAUUCCAUUUAGAUCAAGCUACAAUGGCAACAGUGAUGACGCUGUGUGCCCGCUGUGUGGGAAAAUUCUUCGCAAAACAAGUUUGAAAAGACACAUUACAGAUAGACAUAACCCUGGCCAGUAUGUUCCUUGUAAAAUCUGUGGAUAUCAUCCUCCUAAUGAAGAUAUAUUCAAAUAUCUGAGAUAUCAAUGUGAAAUAUGUCAGAAGUUCUUUACUCGACGUGAUCACUUAACAACUCACUUCAAGAACCUGCAUGGGGAGGACGCUGGUCCUUUUUCAUGCAUAGUGUGUUCUCAGUUAUACAAAAAUGCUGAUAGUGGUGGAAAACAAACUGUGGAGCGAGUAGGGCCUUUAGCAUCCAAUGCACAGCCUCCCAAGGAGUUUGUGUGUAGUGUCUGUGGCAAGAAUUUCAUUCGAAAGGGGAGUUUGCAUGCUCAUUUUCAGAACAUUCACGGAAUUCUUCAGGGCCCAUUUCCUUGUGGACUCUGUGGCAGCUUGUUGAAAAACAAGAAGAGUCUGGACACUCACAUGUUGAGUCACAAGAAGAACUUGUUCAAACAUUGAAGUGGUUCAUGAAAAACAGACAGAUACUUUGUGUGAACUACAUUCAACUAGGGGAAAUAAUUAUUAUAGAAGUGUAAUAUGUUUGCUGUAAAUUAUUUCUUCAUUUUAAUUUGAAUAUCAUUUAUGCUCGGAAGAAGGAAUGACUGGAACUCUUCUUUCCACUGAAUGUUUUGCUAGCCUGAGGAGGAGCAGUGCCUCCAUUUGAAUGCAGUCGCAACUAUGUAAUAAGAAUAUUGACUGGUCUGUUUGCAGUGAUGUGCACUGUUAGCUCUCGUGGCCGCUGCAAGCUGAUGGCUGACGGCUACUUGUACACUUGCCACCGCAUCUAUCGCUCGAGUGUUGAAUGGAGAUGCGAGCGCCGUAACUGUUGUGCUCGUCGCAAGUUUGACGCAUCAGGUGCUUUAGUGAAGCUGACAAGGCAUACUCAUCCUCCAGACGAAAAUCGUUGGGCACGCGCCAUGCAAAUGCGUCACUUUGUUAGCAUCCAUUCAAUCCUAUCCCAGACACGUGUGCCGGAAGCCCCUGGAGGUUCAUAGGUUCAGAAGACUUUCUGCAUCUUCGAACUUGGGAACUGAAGUUGUAGAAAAUAACUUUCAAAUAAAUUUGUUCCAAGUGCUUGUUUUAUAGUUUUCUUAUUUUUAGAACAUAUGUUCUUAAGAACAUGAUAAUGGUCAAUAAAUAAUUAAAUGUAGCCAUUGAGAAUAAAAAUUGAUUAACUUAAUUGCUUAUCUUAAAAAUCUGGAUUGCAUUAAAAAUAUGGUCAUUUAAACAGAUUAUGCAGACUCAAAAUGGGAAUUCAUUUGCUACUUAUCAUGUUCAUAAGAUUUUGAGCUGCAGUAUUUAAGUUUAUUGGUAAAUUUUGUACAUAUGAAACAAAGUAAUUACCUUAAAGAAGUGUUUUUUUAACACAUUUGCUAUUAUUAAUGUGUUCUAAUGUAUUAAAGUUGGGUUCUACUAAAGGUAGAACAUUAAUUUUAGCAAUGGAAGAGUAUGUGUGUAUAUCUAUAUCUAUAUAUAAUAUAUAUUCUUCCAUUGCUAAAAUUAAUAUUCUACCUUUAGUAGAAUAAAACUUUCCUUCCUUUUCAUAUUCAUAAUAAACAGUAUUGAUUACACUGUGUUCUAGAAGUUAGUUUUCAAGCCUGCUGUUCAGCAGUUUAAUGACAUUUAAGAUUUAUUUUGUUUUACAAUGGAACUUGGUGUUUAUGCUUUCUAGUCUGAGAUAUUUUUUUCUUCAGAAUCACUUCACCAAGUUUGAGUAAUCAAUGUUGUUCAUUGUGUCCAUUGUCAACUGUAACACUGAACAAUUAGGUAGACUUAAUUAUAUUCCGAAGGACCAAUGACUAUGCAAACGUCAUUGCAAACGACCUUGCAUUGAAUUACAGAAAAAAUUGAGAAGUAAUUUGUAUAUAGUAUUUGAGAGGUUAUGUCAUGCUGGUGUUUGAAUGGUGCAUCGGAAAGAAAUUAUUAAUUAUGUGAAAGUGUUUCUGCUGUGGGUAUUACUGCUUGUUUAGGAUACUAAUGUGCUUAAAAUCAAUGAAGUUUUAUUAUUCUUCAAUUCAUUUUGUAAUGUAUGAAGAGAAAUUUAAUUUUCCUUGAAAUGUUUUUGGGGCAGGUUCUGGUCUGAAUGUAUGAAUCAUAUCAUACUUCUUAUUUAAUUUGCAUUUCAUAUUUUCUUUGCUAAAAUUACUUGAAAAAUACGCUAGGUGCUUGCCUCAAGUGAGAGAACAUAUUUAUUUGGAAUUUAAAACAAAUAAUGCAAGAAUUUUGUAGUAAGGUUGGUAAAUAGUCAAAGCAGAAGCAUAUUGGAGAUGAAAAUGAUAUAUGUUAGAAGUGUACAACUCUACAUUCAAGAUAUUAAUAAUCCAUAAAAUUAAAAGAAUAUAGGCCACAGAAAUACAAAUGUCUUAAAAUAAUGAAUGGAAAUAAAGCCUAUUACAUAAAUAUAAUUACUUGCAGAUACCAUCCUACACAAUUGUUGAUAGAAGUGAUGAGUGUAAUAUUACGGUGUAUGCAGAAUUAGCGUUUAUUUUCGCUUUGAGUGAACAUUUUUCUCAAGUCUUACUGAUGAGGUGUAAAUAAUAUGUUCAGUAUGUAUUUCAUUUUUUGUGCAGGAGUAAAAAUUGAUACUAUUCUGAAUUUUUUGACCUUUUAUUUUCAGUUCGAAAAAAAUUAUAGAAUUAGUGAAGAAAAAUUCUUUUUUCAAGAUUCUCUCUGUUAUUACAAAGUUAGAGUAUGAAUCAAUGAUUUAAUUUUGGAUUUUGGUAAAUUGAGAAAACUUUUAAGUUGUUACAAUGUAGCCUGAGUUGUAGUACAUAAUUCUUUAAAUUACAUGACCCAAAGUAUUGUGGAGGUUUGUGUAUUGUACCACCAUAUAUUUAAUGCUUUGCUUCCUUAAUUUAUUUAUUUAUUUAUUUAUUAUUAAUGAAUUGUAAAUCUGAAGUGUCUUUUAUAUGCC